CCCUCCCCUCUUGCCCCGUCUACCCCUUCUUUUUUCUGCCUCUUUCUUUCCUCUCAUACUCUCCCCGCCACUCUCUCGCGCCGCGCCGCGCCGCUCGUGUCUUAUGCUUCACACUUUCCACGCGUUUCAUUGAGCGCUGGAGGAAACAAUGGGAAUGCACGCGCUUUGUGUCGGACAGCGACUGACGCGCUUCUCUGUGUUUGUUUAGAACUUUGUGCUGAUAUAAACACACAUUCGGAAUCACAUUAUCAUCAAGCUCGAACACAAUGGGGUGCUGCAGCGGACGGUGCACCCUUAUAUUUCUCUGCACGUUUCAGAUGAUGGUGGCAUUUGAGAGGCAGGUGUUUGAUUUCUUGGGCUAUCAGUGGGCUCCCAUCCUCGCCAACUUCUUCCACAUCCUGGUUGUCAUCCUGGGACUGUUUGGCACCAUUCAGUACAGACCUCGCUACAUUGUAGUUUACGUUGCAUGGACAGCACUGUGGGUGGCCUGGAACGUUUUCAUCAUCUGUUUCUACCUGGAGGUUGGAGGUCUGUCAAAGGACAGUGACCUAUUGACCUUUAAAAUCUCUGCGCAUCACUCCUGGUGGAGCGAGCACGGGCCAGGCUGUGUUCGACGAGAGAUCCCUGCCAGCGUAGACCGUGGUUCAGAUGCACAGUCCUACAUAUCAAUCAUGGGCUGCAUGCUGGAGUACCAGUACAUCGAAGUCCUCCACAGCGGAUUCCAAAUCCUUAUCUCUCUGCUGGGUUUCAUCUAUGCCUGCUACGUCAUCAGUGUCAUCACAGAGGAGGAAGACAGCUUUGAUUUUAUUGGUGGAUUUGACCCAUUCCCACUCUACCAUGUCAAUGAGAAACCAUCCCAUCUACUAUUAAAGCCUGUGCAUCAGUCUUCGUAAAUGAUUGUGUUUGUGAAGAGGAGCAGCCCGGCUGAUUCCUCUUCUCCACCAGACUCCUCGUUCCUCGCCUCCUGCCUCAUUCCUCAGUGUCUCUCCAUACCCAUUAAAACACAUUAUAAUCUUCUUCAAUCAGCCUUUUCUGGGUUGGAAAGAGGGUAGGAGAAUUGCCUCUUCUCUUCCCAACUCUGGACAAAAUGCGUCCAUCUGACACACUGGCUCCUGUAUUGUUCCAGCUUCCUCAUUUAGAAGCUGUUACUUACGGCCAUAAAACUAUCUAAACAUAAAGGUCUAUUAUUUUAUCGGGUGGAUUUCCAUGUGUGUGUGGUCGAUGUUUAGUAUGCAUUGUGACCUCAUAGGCCACGACCCUAUGAGUUAUUCAAAGUGACUCUAUGGAGCUCAGAUAUUAAGGUUAACUGAGUUACAGCUCUGCUUAUGUGUGAGAGAGGAGCACCAUUGAAUGCUGUUUACCUUUACACAGGAUUUGCGCAUGUACACAGUGCAGUAAAACAGUGGAAUGAACCGAGAGGAGCAAGGGUGGGCCGGAAAGCGGGUGCGGCCAAAAAAAAAAAAAAAAACAAUAAA